AUGGCUCCUUUCACUCCUCGAGGUGGUGCCCGUGGAGGUCGUGGCGGCGCUCGUGGAGGCGGCCGUGGUGGUUUCGGUGGUGAUCGCGGCGGCUUCGGCGGUGGCCGUGGUGGUGCGCGCGGUGGACGAGGUGGUGGUCGUGGCGGUUUCGGUGAUCGAGGCGGUCGUGGCGGACGCGGUGGACGAGGUGGUGCUCGCGGCGGUCGCGGUGGUGCUGCUGGCGCAAAGGGCGGUGCCAAGGUCAUUGUCGAGCCUCACCGUCACCCCGGUGUCUUCGUUGUCCGUGGUGGUAAGGAAGAUGGUCUUGCUACCCGCAACACAACCCCCGGCGAGUCUGUCUACGGAGAAAAGAGGAUCAGCGUCGAUGAAUCGGUCACGAAUGAAGACGGUACUACCACCACUACCAAGGUCGAGUACCGCAUGUGGAACCCUUUCCGAAGCAAGCUUUGUGCUGCCGUUGCCGGUGGUGCUGAUGAGAUCUACAUCAAGCCUGGCUCUCGUGUCCUCUACCUCGGUGGUGCCUCUGGUACUUCCGUCUCUCACGUCGCCGACAUUGUCGGACCUACCGGCUACGUCUACGCCGUCGAGUUCUCUUCCCGAUCCGGUCGUGACCUCAUCACCAUGGCUUCCAAGCGACCCAACGUUGUCCCCAUUGUUGAGGAUGCCCGUCAGCCUGCUCGUUACCGCAUGAUCGUCCCCAUGGUCGACGUCAUCUUUGCCGAUGUUGCCCAGCCCGAUCAGGCCCGUAUCGUCGCCAUGAACGCCAACUGGUUCCUCAAGGUCGGAGGUGGUGUCCUUAUCUCCAUCAAGGCCAACUGUAUUGACAGUACCGCUCCCGCUGCCGAGGUCUUCGCUGCCGAGGUCCAGAAGAUGCGAGCUGAGUCCAUCAAGCCCAAGUUCCAGCUUACCCUGGAACCCUUCGAGCGUGACCAUUGUCUGGUUGCCGGCGAGUACUUGCGCUACAAGCAAUAA